AUGGCACAAGAACCACUAACACCAGCUCCAACCCAAUCGUUAACACCUGUAGAAGUUCUAGUAUCAAACACAGCAUCGUUACCACCUAAUCAGAUUCAUACUUUUAUGGAAGCAUAUGAAUGUGCAAAAAAUGAUUAUCAUUGGAAUAAAGUGAUUUCGGCAAUAUCUGAACAUCCAGAUUGGUUAACUCGUAUUCCACAAGGUCGUCGUUGGACAAUGUUACAUCAGAUUGUUUAUUGUGGUAAUGUUCCACGUUUUAAUGAAAUUUUAAGUUAUGAAAUUUCAAAUCAAGAUUUUCGUCUUCUACAUAAAGCAUUAGAUGAUAAAACAAUACGUGAAGUAGCUAGUGAACGUGCACAUAUACAUCCUCAAAUGUUACGUCGUAUUGAACGUCUUGUUGCUAUGGAUCAAAUAUUAAAUAAUGCAAGAGAUGGUAAAUGGGAAUUAGUAAAACAAUUUCUUCGUCAACAAUCCGAUAUUGUUAAUGAAAAACCACCAUAUAGAAAAUAUUAUUUAGUACAUUUUCUUGCAUUAACAGGUCAAUUUAAUAUAUUUAAAGAUUUAUGUAAUAUAUGUGAAUUUAAACUUGAUUUAAUUGCUGAUGGGAAAACAAUCAAUCAAAUUGCACGUGAACAUAAUCAUAUUGAAUUUGCUGAAUAUAUAGAAAAUCAUUUGCCAAAUGCUGAUGCAAUAAGUGAAACUAAUAGUGAUAAUAAUUCCACUUUAUCAUUGACAAUAGACGAUUCUCAUCUACCACUUGCAACCACUCAACCAUAUUUUAGUCAAGGUUUUCAUGAUGAUCCAGGUAUUAUGAUAUUUUCAUUAAAUUCAACUACAAAUUCAUUUGGAGAUGUACUUUUAUCAGUAAAUGAACCGAUAUUAAUUUCUAAUCAUGAUCAAGAUUCAUCUCACGGUCAAUUAUAUACACAUAGUUUAAUUCAUGGUCAAAAUUCAGUUGACGAUAAUAAUAAUAAUGAUGAAGAAAAAAAUAACCAAAAAUUAAAACUAACUGUAUCACCAUCAAUGACAGAAGAAGAACAAAUGGAAUAUGAAAGAAUAGUUACGGAAAAUAUCAAAAGAUUUUCAGCAGAUAAUCUGUUAAAUUCUGCUGUUACAUGUUGCAUUACAAAAGGAAUUCUAAGAGAUCCAGUUGUCGCUGCUGAUGGUUUUACCUAUGAACGAGAAGCAAUUCUUAACUGGUUUAAACAAUCCAAUCGAAGUCCAAUGACAAAUCAAGAACUUGAAAAUCAAGAAGUAAAACCAAAUCAUGCUAUAAAAUCAAUUCUGAAAUCACUGGCAGAAUUAAAUAAUGACGCUAAGAUAUCGGAUAAAAAAGCUGAAAUCACUGAUGAAAAUAUCAAUUAG